AUGCCAGUACUACGAUUUCUUGAUUCAACUUUAUUGAAACACAUCAUAUUUUUGAAUGCGAGGAAUAAAGAUCGCUUUUUCAAAACCAAUAAGAUCAUUCAUUUGGAGCAGUGGAAGAAGGCAAAGGAGUUGGUAUUGAGCAAGUUUGCAGUUGAGAUCCCGCUCAAAAGCGUUUUUCACGCAGCGAUAGUUCAUAUCGAACUGAAAAAACUCACAGCGAAGGAUCUAUACCGGUUAAAGAAGGCAUUCCUAAAAUCUCGGCGUGCUCGAUCAUUUUAUAUUGGUUACCAACACAAGGAGGACGAUGCCAAAUUAGUGGAACUUCUGGGUACUCCGUAUGAUGAUUUCGAAAAUAUUAUGAAUGAUUUAUAUAGACGGAGACGGUGGUUUUUCAGAAUUCCUAACAAUGAUCGACAAGAGUUAUGUAUUCAUUUUGAACAUUUUUCUAAUUUCCUGUUUGAUCGUAUCAAAAUUUCUAAAGUGUCUUUGAAUCGUUUUGAGGAGGUGUUGAUUCAUCAAUAA